AUCGCAAUAUCAAUAUUGUCUGUCUGUACGCUACUUAAUUUUUGUUAAACUGAAUACAUAUUUUAUUUGUAUUGUGAUUACAAACUCACGGAAAAUACGCAUACUAUCAUCCCAACAUGAGUUCGAAGUCAUUUUGAAUAGUUUAAAUAAAUAUGCGCACCAGCUAUAAAAAGAAUCGUCCAUUUGAUUUCAAGCUUAUUGAUCAUGUCGAGCCUAAUACCGUAUUGUAUAAGCGCCAGACGGGGCUUUCGAAUUAUGAUGUUAUGAAAGUCAAAUCGGAAAUCUGGUCCAACAUAGCAGAGAUUAUGGAUUGCGAUGUGGAUUUCUGCCUAAUGCGCUGGAACAAUUUACACUACCAGUAUCGAAAGGAAUCACGGCGACCCGGCGGUUCGACAUGGCCAUAUUUUAAGCGACUACAAUUUUUGUCGGGUGUGCCAUCGCGACCCAAAGCCAAGCACACGGCGCAGUGUACGGAUAAAUCGCAGACUGCGGAGGUGAGAAAAGAAUCUUCUGUGGAUCAGGAUGCGUGGCAGUCGUACGAUGAUUGCGUGGUGAUGCAUGUCAGCGAUAUGGAGCACAAUGCAGACUCAUUUAUUAUUGAGGAAAUCAUUGAGCAAAAUGAUCAAAUCUUGCAAGAAGAGAUUAUUUACGAGGAAGACGAUGCGGUGGAGGAGGAGCAUCUUCAACCAGACUUCGAACCUUCAUCAAAAGGAACGUCGCGUUCCGCCGUGGAAGCAUCAUCGCCUGCAAGUGAUUAUCUCAAAAUGAGCAGAAUUCUCGAGCAACUCAAGGGCAACCAAAAGGUACGAGCGGAACGCCGUAUCAUGGCUUUCGUGCUCAAGUGCCAGCUGAGAGCACUGGUGGACGAGCCAAUCGACGAUCUGGUAGUUUGAAUCUUAGGCUUAGAAGUGUAUAUAGACUUUAAUAAACAAACUAAAAGAACA